AUGAGAUUCCUCCGAGCGCUUGCCCCUCUACGGCCAACACAGGCCCAAUUCCUCAGAAGUCCGCUCCGCAGCUUCAACACCACCUGCAAACACGCGCAGUCCCAGCAUACUUCGAGCACAAGCUCUCCUCAACCGGAUCGACCGGUUAAUUUCUACAGCACCCAUGGACGCGCAUUUUUCAAAGCUAUCACUUUGGCAUUCCUCACAUAUCAAAUUGCGUACUGGGCGUGGUUGACGCUGGAGACGGAGUACCUCAAAGACGAGAAGAACCGCGAGAUCAAGUCGCUUGAGCAAGAAGUGAGGAUACUGGACGAAGGUCGAAAGGCUCAUAGACCUGGAACAACUUGA